AUGAAGUUUCAGGCCAUCUUUUCCAUGGCUGGUCUUCUCAGCAUUUGCACUUGUGCUCCUAUCUACCAUCCUCAAAUUGGAAUAAUUGCAAGUAACAGUAAUGAGGUUUUGCGUAUCAAUGGACUCACUCUGGCAGGUGUGGGUUUGGGUCCAGCACAGGGAACUGCAUUUUUCCCUCCCUUCCUAAUUCGGCAGCAGCCCCCACAGGUGCUGAACUUCAACCCUGCGAUGCAGGGACACUUCCUGCCCCCUCAAAUAAACCAGCUGAACCCAGCACAGUUGCCCCCAUUGCUGCAGGAGCAGCCUAUACCUGGCAUUGGUCCCAACAAUGGCUUACCAACACAGAACCUUCCCCCGGGAUUUCCAUUCUUCCUGACUAAUCUAUAUCCUCUGAGGAACACUCCUGUAAGGCUGAUACCCAACCAGAACACUGGCCCAAGUAUUCAAGGCUGGGACACGAUGCAACCAAUGCAGCCAGUGCAACCAAUGCAACCAAUGCAGCCAGUGCAACCAAUGCAACCAAUGCAACCAAUACAACCAAUCCAGAACAGGGGAAAGUCAGACCCGAAGGUAACGUCUGCUCCUGAUUACCGUGGUGAUCGGCCCGGUCCGGGAACUGGAGAGGGGCAUCCUGGGUUCCCAUUGUUUGAGCCAUAG